CCUGAUUUACUCCAUAGUUGCGUUACAGAGGCAGUGCCACGUCACCAGCCACACCUGAUGAUGUUGUUAUCCACUACAAGGUGCUUUAACGAGGUUCGCCACAAGUUGCCUGACUUUUCUACUGUCUAAAGGAACAUGAAGAAGGCAAUAGAUGCACUAGAAAUCAGUCCAAAGACCAGUGAAGAUACGGAAUCAUGAGUACUUUCGGCAGCCCCGGCCCUUUGCCAACUACAAAGCCAACACCCAGACCACAGCGUGGAAGCUUUCCUCUCGAUCAUGAUGGCGAGUGCAAGACUUACAUGACAAAGUAUCUUUCAUGUAUGAAAAAGGUGCGAGGUCUAAAUGAUGAAGAAUGUCGCGACCUUGCAAAGGCAUAUCUAUCAUGCAGAAUGGACAGAAACUUGAUGGCUAGGGACGAAUUCAAGAACCUUGGUUUUACAGAAUCUCCACCUCCUUCAGCUGAGAAAGCGACGCUAGAGGCUGAUAAUGGAACCAAGGGGGUAAAAGAGACUGAUUAAUAUCUCUUCCAUUAAUUACCUAGCUGGGUAGGUAGGUAGGUAUGGGACUCAAAAACUCAAGGAGCUUACUGCCUUAUGUAAAGACAUUGAGGCUGAUACGGACUACAACUCCUUACUGGGGUAGCAUUUGAGCAAAUGAGAGCAAUACACAUCAAAACCUCCAGUCCCCGCUUCAACUACUGUAUCAUAAGAACCUAGCAGAUGGCGGUGGAAGAUUUUCCACUAUAGGAACUGCCGUAUACUUACUUAAGUGUUCCUUGCACCUUGCAAAGCUUCCAACCCAUAAAAAAAAAUCAAUGAGA